UGAGGAGCCACCACCACCCCUGACACUUGAUCUGAACCCAUCAUCCUCUAGGUGUGUGAGUCGUUGGAACCAGAUGUUUAACUCCCAGAGUAUUUUGCCCUGGUUACAGGUUGCCAAAAGCCUGGUUUGACCCUUAGUUGAAACUAGGGGAGCACAGAGGUAGUGUAUAGCCUACAGACACCAGGAUUCUGUUGAGAUCAGCUACUUCCAGCCCUUAUUUCUAUUUGUCUUUGAAUGAAAAAGCAGCCUAUAUUUCCUGGACCUGCUGACAGAUCUCUAGAACAUGCUUAAAGAACUAUUAAUUCAUAAGCCAAAUGAUCCCAUUGAGUUUAUGAUAGACCAUUUAAAGCAACACAACGAUGAUGGAUCCAAGUGGCAUUUCUGUGAGUUCUUCCUUUCCAGGAGCAGAAGUGUAAAGAAGAAAGCUCCAAGAGUCUGUGUGCUGGGUCCACCUGCUUCAGGAAAAACUACAGUUGCAAGGUGGCUUUGUAAACAUCUGGGUGCCAUCCGUAUCUCUCGGGAGACUUUGUUAUCCAAGGGAAUAUCAGCGCUGGUAAAGGAAGCAAAGGCCUAUAAAGAAAGAAAUCAGGAAAUUCCCAAUGAGCUUUGGGCCAAUCUGAUCCAGAAACGUCUGUCAAACGUGGACUGCAUCAAACAAGGAUGGAUUUUGGAAGGCUUCCCUGAAAAUCAGGAGCAGGCAUGGAUGCUGCAAUCAUCUGGCAUCAUUCCUAGGCACGUUGUUGUGCUUUAUGCUUCAGACACUGUGCUGAUUGAGAGGAACAGUGGGAAGAGGCUUGAUCCCAUCACAGAAGAGGUGUACCACACCACCUUUGACUGGCCAACUGAUCCCCUGGUACAGCAACGCUUGGUGAAGCCGGAAGAUCUGUCUGAACAGGACAUGUCAAAGAAACUGCUGGAAUAUCACAGAAACUUCCCAGAGGUUUUCCAGAUCUACCAGAAAGUUCUGAAAUUGAUCAAUGCAGACCAGCCUUCCAUGGAUGUCCUCUCCCAGGUCCUUACCUGUGUCCGAGCACGGCACCGAUCGGCCGCCCCCUUUACACCACGGGUUCUCUUCUGUGGACCCCCAGGCAGUGGGAAGAGCCUGCAGGCAGCACUAAUAGCUCAGAAAUACAGCCUUGUCAACAUUUGCUGUGGGCAACUGCUAAAGGAGGCUGUUGCAGGCAAGACAAAACUUGGAGAACUCGUUAAGCCUUAUCUUGACAGUGGAUCCCCAGUCCCAGACAACCUUGUGCUGAAGAUCCUGACAGAACGUCUCAGUGCUCUAGACUGCAUGACCAGUGGUUGGGUCCUUUCUGGCUUCCCAAGAGACAGAGGGCAGGGGGAGCAGCUGCAAAACUCACAGAUUAUUCCAAACAGGGUAUUUUUCUUUCAUCUCCCCCAUGAAUCCAUCAUGGAACGACUGUCUCAACGGAGGGUUGAUCCCAUCACGGGGGAAAGAUACCACAGCAUAUUCAGACCAGCACCCACCCCAGAGAUCCAAGCCCGUCUCAGGCAGAACCCCAGAGAUGAGGAAGAAAAUAUUAAGCAGCGUGUGGAGACCUAUGACAGGAAUGCCAAGGACCUGGAGGACUUCUAUGAAGAUGCCUUUUAUGUCAAUGCUGACCAAGACCCACACGUUGUCUUUGAGUUUAUAGAAAGCUGUCUCAUUAAGCCCAUUCCAUUUAAAAAAGUUAAAGGUUUAGAAUGAGUGAGGAAGUUUUCUGGAACAGUUGAUUUCAGACUUCUCCCUGUGCUGUUUGCAGCCCCCUCACUGGAGUGGCAGGUUACACAGGUGAGGAGGGAGCCAGCCCAGCUGCCUGAAAUGUGAAGCUCCCCGAGGCUGAGUGAAGUACAGAGAGGAAGAAAUUGUGCAUGAGGGGAAAUAUUUUCAGUUUUUGUUUUGUGAUUCAAGGUAUGGAGCACUGUGGGAAGGGAAGUUCCUGUGUUUAAUUCAUAUAUCUUUUACUUGUUCUGUGAUCCAGUGCACAGUAGUUCUGUCUCACUGUGUAACACACAUGAAGCCAAUUUGGAAUAUUAAAGCUGU